AUGGUGCCAUUAAAGCGAAGAAGAGUCGUCUCCUCAGCUGCUGUCAACACUGGGACUGACCACAGUGGAGACAAAGGUCCCACCAGUGAAAGUGUCACACACGUGAUUUCUGAAAACAACUCUGGCCCUGAGGUCAGGACGUGGCUGGACUCACAGGGCGGAGGUCCAGGCCGAUCCCCGCUUCACCUUCUGGACAUCAGCUGGUACACUGAGAGCAUGCGUGCAGGCCGUCCUGUCCACAUACUGGACAGACAUAAACUACAGGAGCAGCAGAGAGAUGAAGAGGAGAUGGCGGUGUUCUCAGUGCCCAGCUACGCCUGUCAGAGAAGGACCACUCUGGACAACCAGAACACCACCCUCACUGACGCUUUGUCGCUCCUGGCUGAAAACGCUGAGCUCAGUGAUGAGGACGGUCGGGGUGUUGCGUUUCGACGGGCUGCCGCCGUGUUGAAGGCUCUCCCCAAACCAGUGACGGACAUGGCGCAGCUGAGAGGACUGCCCUGUCUCGGAGAACAUUCACUGAGAGUCAUCAGAGACAUUUUGGAGAAUGGCAUGUCGAGCGAGGUUGAAUCUACCAAGCAGUCUGAGCGGUAUAAGGCAUUAAAGGUUUUAACAGGCAUUUUUGGGGUUGGAGCAAAAACAGCCGACCGAUGGAUCCGAGAGGGGAUACACACUCUUCACCAGUUACGGGAUUCAGGACACACACUCAAUCGGGCACAACAAGCAGGUCUGGAGCACUAUGAUGACCUCAACCGGCCGGUCUCAAAAGCAGACGCCGACAUCAUCGGUGAGACUGUGGGGAAAGCUGUUGAUGCUGUGUUACCAGGUGCACAGGUUACUCUGAUUGGAGGAUUCAGGAGGGGGAAGCUAACAGGUCACGAUGUUGACUUCCUGAUAACUCACCCAGAGGAGGGCAGAGAGGAGGGACUGAUGCCAAAAGUGGUCUCCUGGUUGGAAUCCCGGGGUUUCCUGUUGUACCAGAAAACUACGAGGAACUCUUACCUGGAGUGUAAGGACGGUCCUGCUCGGCCCCCCUCCAACAUUGACCGCUUUGAGCGAUGUUUAUCCAUCUUUAAACUGGCUAACGAGGAGACAGGCGGAACAACACAGCUCGAGACGCUAACGGAAAAUGGUGUGCAAACAUAUGCAUGUGAAAAUCACAGUAAAGCCAAGGACACGUGGAUGGAAUGUGAAGACUCAUGUCUGCAGACGGAUCCUCAACCACAGUCACAGUCCUGUACUUGGGGUCAGAUCCACAGUGCUGGACACAGGCUCUGUACGUCUGGUGAAGACAGAGGAGUGGAGGAGACAGAGCCUGCUGGACACAGACCGUGGAGAGCAGUGAGAGUGGACCUGGUGGUGUCUCCUGUCAGCCAGUUUGCCUUUGCUCUGCUGGGCUGGACAGGAUCCAAGUUGUUUGAGAGAGAGCUGCGUCGCUGGGCGGGAUACGAGAAGGCCAUGUCUCUCAGCAGCCAUGCUCUGUAUGACAAUAAACAGAGUCGAUAUCUGAGAGCUACAUCAGAGGAGGAGAUAUUUGCUCAUCUAGGUCUCGAGUACAUUCCUCCGUCGGAGAGAAAUGCCUGAAGAGACCUGGUGAUAAGCUCCCGCACGAGGACCGAGCACAUCCCAUGUGAGGACAGGAGGGUGCACGGUGAAGGGUGAAAGCUAGAGAACUGUCCAGAAACCUGAGAUGAGGCUUCUUGUGUCCUGGCUUUUAUCCUGGAUGGGAUCAUUGUCAGAUUUUAACUGUAACAGAGAAACCAGCUCAUUCAGAGCCGUGAACAUGGUUCUGACAUUAACUGAGUUUGUGAUGGUGUGUGAAGUCCACCUACAUCGCAUCACUCAUGCACAGCAGUAGGUCACGGUGCUUAUCAGCCAGAGUUUCUCAAAAGGUUUAAUGCUCCAGAAAACUCAGAGCAGUUGGUUUCCACCUGCAAGCUCAUCAACUGACUCAUUCAGCCAGCUGUACAAUAUGUGUAGUUGAAAAUCUGAGAACAUACUGUACAUGCUACGAUCUUACUGCUACCUCUAUGAAACAAGUGCAGGUGACAGGGUUUUGUUUUUUUAAAUUCGUUCCUGUGCUGAUUAUCCAUCCAUCCAUCCAUCCAUUUUCCUCCGCUUAUGCGGGACCGGGUCACGGGGGCUGUGCUGAUUAUAUUUUGAAAUAAAAGAUGUGCAAGUUUAUCCUUAAAAGAUGAGUCUAGUGCUGUUCUGUGUUUUCUUAUUGCCAGCAAAUCCCAUGAAAAGACCUCACAUGAACCUCAUGGUGUCAAGUCUCCAGCCAGGGAAGGACCAUAAUGCAGACACAGACAGAAGAACAGCAUUUAGUAGAGUUUAAUACAAUAGAUUCAAGACAAAGAGACGAGAAACAACUAAGGAGCUCUACCUGACAGAACAACACAGAGAUAUCUACCCAAGGCUACAACUAGACAGAACAGUCAGGGAGUAGAAGACACAUGAAACUAAACCAACCAAAGGAGCGAACAGAAAUUCAAGAUGGCAAACAAAUUCCAGAUUAACAUAGUCCAAGACGAGAUAGAGUCCAGGAACUUACAAGUAACAAACAGAAGCAAGCAGACGAACCAGCAGCUAAGGGAGGAGACUAUAAAGGCUAGAGACCAGGAGAGAACAAGCCACAGGUGAAGGCAAUGAGUGGUAAUCAAGAACCGACGUAAAGCUGAGGCAGGUGAGACGAUACAAAACGGGAAAGCCUUACAAAAUAUAGGUACAACGCAGGAAGCAAGUCCCAAACCCUAACACAUGGUGGUGCCAGCAGGAAAGUCAGCGGGCUCAUCCUCUGGGGACAAUGAAUGUUGAUGACCAACAAAAUGGAGCCACACUGUUAGCAUGUUAGCAGGAUGAAAAAGCAAACAGUAGUUUGAAAAUUAAAUACUUCAGGAUAAAUUAUAC